AUGUCUGGAUAUCACUCGAGUGGCCUUGGGUCGUUGUUUGAUCAACACGACCAAACUGGUGGCUUCCAGGCUGACCACAGUACACCUCGUACUUCCUUAACAGCAACAGCGGCUUCCUCAACGGCACGACAACACACUACGUCAUCUUAUGAAGAAGAGGAAGAGGAUGACCUAGAUGAUACAACCGAAACUGGACCGCUUCUACAUCAGGCUCCCUCCCGACCAGGUGGUCACAUCGCGAUAGAUUUGGGAGAAGACUUAGUUGGCGGUCGUAUUCCACAGCGAACACCGGCUGAAUACAAAACAAUUACGAGAGAGUUAGUAAACGGGAAUCUUAUUCUCGACGUACCAGUCCCAACUCAAGUCUCCCAAUAUUCGUCUUUGACCGGUCAACACGAGUUCGACUACAUGCGUUAUUCUGCCGCGACCUGUGACCCAGAUGACUUCAAGAAGUCUGGGUUCAGUCUUCGUCAGCAGCUAUACGAUCCCCCGCGCGUAACGGAACUAUUUAUCGUCAUCACCAUGUACAAUGAGGACCAGGAACUCUUGUAUCGCACUCUGCAUGGCGUCUUCCAAAACAUCACGAACCUGAACAAGCGCAAGGACGCUACAUGGGACGACGAGAGUUGGAAAAAGGUGGUUGUCUGCAUCGUUAGCGAUGGGCGUUUCAAAGCCAACGUGGGAUCUCUCUGCGCAAUUGCCGCACUGGGCGCAUAUCAGAGCGCCGUUCCUGUCACUACUGUGAACGACGAGAACGUCGUUGCGCACAUCUUUGAGUACUCGACCCAGGUUCCUAUUUCGGUCAUCGCACCAACGUCCACGCGCGACGAUGAAAAGGGCGUGCCCCCCAUACAAAUUAUCUUCUGCCUCAAGGAGCAAAAUCAGAAGAAGAUCAACUCGCACCGCUGGUUCUUCAAUGCCUUUGGCCCCAUUCUGCUUCCCGAGGUCUGCGUCCUGCUCGACGUUGGGACGAUGCCCGGCCCUACGUCGAUCUAUCAUCUCUGGAAGGCGUUUGACAUGAACCCAGGCGUCGCCGGUGCGUGUGGUGAGAUUGUUGCAAUGAAGGGCACGUAUGGAGAAAAUCUGGUGAACCCUCUGGUCGCUGCCCAGAACUUUGAAUACAAGAUGGCGAAUAUCCUGGACAAGCCGCUCGAAUCUGUGCUCGGUUAUAUUACUGUGCUCCCUGGCGCUUUCAGUGCCUAUCGAUACACAGCCCUUCAGAACGAUGAGCUAGGUGAAGGCCCGUUACAGAAAUAUUUUAUGGGGGAUCUCCAGGCGGGUCAGACGACCGACAUCUUUACAGCGAAUAUGUAUCUUGCAGAAGAUCGAGUAUUGUGCUGGGAGCUGGUUUCAAAACGCAAGAGCGCAUACAUUCUACACUACGUCAAGUCAGCCUACGCAGAGACAGACCUGCCAGAAUUUAUCUCGCAGCGACGAAGAUGGCUAAAUGGUUCAUUCUUCGCUGCAGUCCACAGUAUCUGGCAUUUCAACUACAUUUACCGCUCGACUCAUACAUUUGCGCGGAAGUUCUGGAUACACGUUGAGAUGGCGUAUCAGCUGUAUAACUUACUCUUCUCCUGGUUCGCUUUGGGUAAUUACUACAUUGCCUUCGUCAUCCUGAGCACGUCUCUAGAAUUCCUCGCUCCCAGCAUUGGGUCCUUCAACGUCUUCCUGAAAUACGUGUAUAUUGGGCUGCUGAUCAUGUCCUUCCUGCUCGCGCUCGGCAAUAAGCCCCAGGCAUCGAGGUGGAUGUAUAUGAUCGCGUUCCUCGGAUUUGGAUGUCUCACGAUGGCAUCGUUUAUUGUGGCAUAUCAAGGUCUGAAGUUCGAUGGAACAGAUGAUGGGCCGCUCAUCGUCCGCAUCUUCACAAAUUCCGUCGCUAGAGACAUUGUGAUUUCACUACUAUCAACGUACGGGUUGUACAUAAUCUCAUCGUUGAUUGCGCUUGAUCCUUGGCAUAUGGUCACGUCUUUUGUGCAGUAUCUUCUCAUCGCCCCGUCCUACAUCAUGAUCCUGAAUGUUUAUGCAUUUGCCAAUAUUCAUGACAUCUCCUGGGGAACGAAGACGGAAGUCGUAGACAAGGAUCCUAAUCAAGCUGUCCCGGGAAAAAACAAGAAUGAAGUCAAGCUCAGGCUGCCAACAGAAAAAGAAGAACUAGACAGAGCAUAUGACGAUGCGAUAUUUGUGUUGAAAGCGAAGCCCAUAGUGGUGGACCAAAAGCCAGACCCAACUCACUCUGAGGACUUCUUCAAGACCAUCAGGACGAACGUGUUACUAGCUUGGGUAUUGAGCAAUGCGCUGCUGGCUUCGACGAUUUCCUCAAAGAUUCCAACGGUCGAGUCGGUACAAUUGGGCACCGACAAAAACUCUAGCGGAUACUUCACCUUCAUCCUCUACUCAAUUGCUAUGCUUGCUCUAAUUCGAUUCAUCGGUUCGUCGAUGUACAUGUUCGUGUGGAUGUUUGGAAAUACCGCGAUAGAAUUCCUUUCAUCCGCUCGUGCUUGA